AUGAUUUACAGCAACAAAGAAGCAUUCUAUGCCCGGCUUGGCUGGAGUCCGAUCCCAGCCCCUGCAAUCGUGCUUUCCACCGACCUCUCCAUCGACAACGAACUUCACACGACGUAUGGCAUGCAAAAGCACCUCAGCUAUCUGCGCGCGGAAGACAUCGACGAGCUAUGCAAAGAGGACAUCCGUACACUGGUACUAGAAAUCGAUAAAGCGCGAACACCCGGAAGAAACACAAUUUUGACCGUACUUCCCACGACGGAUCUGAUCGGUUGGCAACAUACACGGGCGGAAUUCUAUGGGAUGAAGAUACAUAAGAAGUCGCCAACAAUCAAAGGAGCCUUUCACAGUUCCAAUGCCUGGAUCUACUGGCAUCACGACUUUCGAAAGCAACGCCUCUUCGUUCAAAGAGUCCGGAUACUUGACGGGCUUGAAGGAGAAAAAAGCGAUGUCCUAUCUGCACUUCUACUUUGUGCAGUUCGAGAGGCUCAAUCCUGGGGGUUGCCCAUGGUUGUGGUAUGGGGAGUUGCAUCUGAUUUGUGUGAUGCAUUCGAGAUACUUAGUAGCAAAUUCGAAGGGCUCAACCCCAUGCUGCAGACACAAAGACGGGAAACCACCUCUUUCAGAUGGAGAGGCUGCAAGAGCUACAAGACUCACAUCAUUCCCAACGAACACUAUUCUUGGAUUUGA